GUUCGGAAUAUCUUUUAACUAAAUUAGGGCAAAGAAAGAAAAUAGAUCGAGAAAUAGAAGAUGGAGGAGACUACGGUGGUGAAAGGAGAAGAAGAGAUUGCUGUUAAAGAAGAAGACUACUCAAAAGAUUUACAGCAACAAAGCAAAGCCCUCGACAAACUCACCGAUCAUCACCAUGUCGACGAUCAACUCGAUUCCACCCGUGUUCAGGAGGCCAUGGCUUCUAUUUCUGCUUCCAAACAGGCUGAUUUAGAUGCUAUGCGUUUAAGGGACAAAGAGUUGGCGGCUGUGAAAAUUAAUCCCGCUGAAGUCGACAUCAUUGCCAGUGAACUUGAGUUGGAUAAGAAGGUAGCUGAAAGAGCUUUACGCGAACACAAAGGCGACGCCGUCGCUGCCAUCAGGCAUUUGAUUCAGAACUAAUAUCUGAACAAGUAGAAGUAUACUCUGCUGCUAUUACUAUUCUGAUCCAAAUCAGACAUUACUUUGUUUUAGUUAGUAGUAUGUGGAAGCUUAAUUGAUUGUAUUCAAACUACGACUCUGAAUGAUUUCUAGUUUUUA